CCUCUUAGCAAAUAUCCUGCUUUGAUCAAUGACAUUUCCUUCUGGUUGCCCUCUGAGAAUUACAUGGAGAAUGAUUUCUAUGACUUAGUCCGAACGAUUGGAGGAGACUUGGUAGAAAAGGUUGAUCUUAUCGACAAGUUUGAGCAUCCAAAGAAGAAGAUUUCGUGGGAAGAAGAUGUGGCAGGCGCAUCUGUAUUUGCAGACCUGGAGACCACAUGGGGUGGCCCCCCUCUGUUUAGGUCCCUGACACACAAGACCAGCCACUGCUACCGCAUCACCUACCGACACACGGAGCGCACGCUGUCACAGCCAGAGGUGCAGCGUAUCCACCAGACGGUGCAGGAGGCUGUUGUGCGGGUGCUGGGCGUGGAGGGCAGGUUCUGAGGUGGCUGCCUCCCCCAGCUGAGCCCCUCUGGUGGCCGGAAGAUUUCCCCGAGGAGCAAACAACGCUGUCCGUGAAGAGGAGCACAGGUGUCUUCCGGGAAAUGGGUCAAUUUCAGAACUUUCAAAAAUAAAGGCUCGUUCUUGAGAA